GUCUGAUCCCGUGUCGCGAGAUAGCACCAUGAGGGAAGAUUUGCUGGACGGAUGCGUGAAAUGCCGUAAGAUUGAUGCGGGUUUCAUGUGCGGCAUUUGUUUUGCUUCGUACUGCAGCCAACAAUGCCGCGAUGCUGAUUUUGCCAAACAUCGCAAAAUCUGUAUGGCACCCUUGUUAAUAAAACAUCGACCGCACCCAAGUUUGUACUCCGAUGGAGCUGCUAAUGUGGCCGUGUCGAAUGGUCCCAAGAAAACCCCGACGACAGAGAAACGCGUACCGCAAAAAAAUAUCGAAAACGAGCCACAAGUAAAGCAGCAGCCGCAGCAAGAGCAACUCUAAAAAGCAAAACAGGAUUUGGAAGAGCUACAGAACAAACCGCAAGCUCCGAUUCCUCCGGAAAAAACGUCGAAUCGUGCUGCCGUGCUGGAGAAUACAAAGAAAGCGGUGCAACAGCAACAACAACAGCGAGAGCAGAACCAGGGGCCCA